AUGUCUACAGAUGAAAGUGAAGACGUUUAUUCUGAUCUGUAUUCCAUUAUCUCCCAGGUAACAUCCAAUACUGCCAAUGACAUCGAGCAACUCCCAUAUGCUUUAACGUUCAAAACGUCGUUAAUCUUCGUUGGUGCUACCAUUGGUGGGCUUUUAUUCGGCUAUGAUACUGGUGUUAUAUCAGGUGUUCUGCUUUCUUUAAAGCCCGAAGAUCUAUCUUUGGUAGUUUUAACGGAUGUUCAGAAGGAGCUGAUAACUUCCAGUACAAGCGUCGGAUCAUUUUUUGGCUCUAUUCUGGCAUUUCCUUUAGCAGAUAGGUAUGGAAGAAGAAUUACUCUCGCAAUCUGCUGUUCAAUUUUUAUCCUAGCUGCAAUUGGAAUGGCUAUAGCAAGAACAUUGACGUUUUUGAUUUGUGGGAGAUUGCUGGUUGGGAUCGCUGUUGGAGUGUCUGCCCAGUGCGUCCCUCUAUUUCUGAGUGAAAUUUCACCUUCCAGAAUCAGGGGUUUUAUGUUGACAUUGAACAUUAUUGCCAUCACUGGAGGUCAAUUGGUUUCCUAUGUGAUUGCGUCCCUUAUGAAAGAGAUUGAUAAUUCAUGGAGAUAUUUGUUCGCACUUUCUGCUAUUCCAGCUAUUCUGUUCCUUUCAAUACUGGAUUUUAUCCCUGAAUCGCCACGAUGGUCCAUUUCCAAGGGAGACAUUCUAUAUACCAGGGAUUCUCUAAGAAUGCUAUAUCCUACUGCAUCUACAUAUCAUGUGAAUAGUAAAAUUAAGCAGCUGAUAAUUGAACUCGAUAAGUUACGACUAUACGAAGAUGCAAGUGAACCUUUACUAGUACAGUCCCAAUCGGUUAUUCGAUACAUGGAUAGUUCAACCUCAGGAACUCUUAGCCCACCUAACAUUAAAAGACUUUCCUCGAACACAGAAAGAACUAGCAACACAAUGUCCUCCUCAUCAGCAUAUCUAUCGGCGUUGCGAGGCCCAGCUCCAAACGGUGCCCUGGCAUCUAACAAAAAGAAAAGACACAGAAUGGAGCCACGCACAAUAAGAGCGUUAAUAGUAGGUUGCAUGUUAAUGUUUUUCCAGCAAAUCACUGGCUUUAAUGCUUUUAUGUACUAUGCGGCAAUAAUAUUUUCCAAAUUUAAUAUAAAAAACCCUCUACUGCCUCCAAUUUUGAUUGCCUCAACGAACUUCAUAUUCACUUUUUUCGCCAUGUACACCAUGGACUCUUUGGGAAGAAGAGCCAUUCUUUUGAGAACAAUUUUGAUUAUGACUGUUGGGUUACUUCUUUGCAGUGUAGGUUUCGGUCAUGACCAAGUCAAUUUACUUUUAAUUUCUGUUGUAAUUUAUGUUGCAGCAUAUGCUUCUGCGAUGGGCAGCGUUCCAUGGACCUGUGUGGAAUUUCUCCCCUUGAACAGGAGAUCAUUUGGGGCAUCAUGUAUAGCCUGCACAAAUUGGUUGACCAAUGCAUUUGUUUCAAUGACAUAUCUGAGCACUAUUAACACCAUUGGUGAUGAAAAUACAAUGCUCAUUUUUGCUUUUUUCACAGUUUGUGCCUGGUUUUUCGUAUAUUUUUGGUAUCCAGAAGUCAAAGGUUUGUCACUGGAAGAGGUUGGAAGGGUUUUUGAUAAUGGAAUUGAUGUUCAUUAUGUCUUUCGUACCUACCAUUGA